AUCAGAAUGGCUCGUACAAAGCAGACAGCACGUAAAUCUACCGGAGGAAAGGCUCCUCGUAAACAGCUUGCCACUAAGGCUGCCAGGAAGAGUGCCCCAGCAACUGGCGGUGUGAAGAAACCCCAUCGUUACAGGCCUGGUACCGUAGCUCUGCGAGAGAUCAGACGUUACCAGAAAUCCACUGAACUUCUUAUCAGAAAGCUUCCCUUCCAACGUCUCGUUCGUGAAAUCGCUCAGGAUUUCAAGACUGAUCUUCGUUUCCAGAGCUCUGCCGUAAUGGCUUUACAGGAGGCCAGCGAGGCUUACUUGGUCGGUCUUUUCGAGGAUACCAACUUGUGCGCUAUCCACGCCAAGAGAGUGACCAUCAUGCCCAAGGACAUCCAGCUUGCCCGCCGUAUCCGUGGUGAGAGAGCCUAAGUUGAAAAUAAUGAAGCUACUGCUUUAGCCCAACGGCCCUUUUCAGGGCCUCUAAAUUUUUUCGUAAAGUUCUACUAACCCUUAAGAUAGUGGUAUGUUUUCGUGUUC